AUGGCAAAUUCUAGAUCUCUUAUGCAGUUGCUUCAUCUUCUAGAUGACGGAGACGAUGACACUGACGCUUACACUGACACAGACGAUGAGCCGGUGGAGACACAACCACGACGUUCGCCCAACUCCGAUGUUACUCCUGCUACUCAGCAACUAGCCAAGCCACGGAACCAGCCCCCUUCCUCGUUUAACAACAAAGGCACACAAAACAUGAGAGGUCUUAUAAACAACACUGGUUACACCAAAGGCAAUGGUAAUGGAUCCAUCGUAUUUGGUGGCUUUGAUUCUUCCAAUAGGCGAUAUAAUCGCUAA